AUGUCUAAUACAGACUCUACAAUAAUCGAUGAGAAAAUACUCUUCAAUCACAGCAUUGAAAAGGAGACAACUGUAAGACAUAUAGGUUGUUUCUCUUCAUCACACUCUGUGAAAAAAAUUCAGGUUUGGGUUUGCUUGCUUUUGGUGGACCUGUGUGAGACGUUUACUUUCUUUGAAAUUGUCUGCAACAUGGUCCCAUUUUGCACUGUCAAUCUUGGCUAUCACAAUUACCAGGCAGCCAUAUUGAACUUGUGUUUCAUUGGAACUUCCAUACUCACCCCAGUGCUGGCUGGAUGGCUUGCUGAUGUCUCUUUGGGAAGACAUAAGCUGGUGUAUAUUUGCCUAUUUCUACAUUUUCUAGGCACUGCUCUGUUAUCGGCCAUUGCUUUUCCACUGGAAGAUUCCCACAUAGGCAGACACCACGUGAUCAACAACUUAUCCAAAAAGGAGCAGAACAGGCUGUUUUAUGUGGCACUGUCAGCCAUCUGCCUUGGCACAGGAGGGACAAGAGCCAUUGUGUGUCCACCGGCUGCUUAUGGCCACCGGGAGUGUGGAUCCAAGCAACAAAUGACAUUUUUUAACUGGUUUUAUUGGCUCAGGAACCUAAAUGCGACUGUUGUCUUUCUGGGAAUAUCUUGCAUCCAGCACACUGGGGCCUCAGCGAUUGUUUUACUUAUUCCUUUUGUGUCUGUGCUGAUGGCUCUGAUAACUCUUCAUAUGAUGUACUGUAAUCUGAUUUAUCAACCAGAAAAAUGUCGUUCCCUCGUAACAACAUGUGGGGUGUUUGUUAACGCCCUAAAAACAUGCUGCCUGCAAUUUUACCAAGGUGGCAGAGAUGUGACAAGCUGGUUAGACCAUGCCAAGGAAACAAAUGGUGGCUGCUACAGUGAACGCCACGUAGAAGACACAAAAUAUUUCUUUACCCUCCUCCCUCUCUUCGUGUUUCAGCUUCCAUACAGAAUGUGCAUCGUGCAGAUUCCUUCAGGAUAUUAUCUGCAGACCAUGAAUUCCAACCUGCUUGUGGAUGGAUUCCUUCUGCCCAUCGCAGUUAUGAAUGCCAUCAGCAUCCUACCUUUCUUCAUACUGACACCACUUAUGGAGUAUUUCAGCACCUGCCUGUUUCCUUCUAAGAAAGAUGGGCCAUUGCUAUCAGCAUUCAUCAUUGCUGGAAAUCUGUCUGCUGCAUUGUCAGUGAUGGUCGCUGGCUUCAUGGAGAUACACAGAAAACGCUUCCCUCCCAUGGAGCAGCCCCUUUCGGGCAAAGUUAUCAUUGUUUCCUCCAUGCCCUGUGUCUACCUGGUUCUUCAGUACAUUUUACUUGGAGUGGCUGAAACACUGGUAAACCCAGCCUUUUCUGUAAUAUCUCACAGACAUGUUCCAAACACCAUCAGAGGAACCUUUAUGAAUUUUUUGACACUGUUCAAUGGAUUUGGUUGUUUCACAGGGGCACUGCUGGUGGAAUUGGUUUGUCUCAUCUCAGAAGGCAAUUGGUUUCCAAACACAUUAAACAAAGGCAAUUUAGGAAGCUUCUUUUUCCUACUGGCAUCAUUAACGUUGCUGAACGUCCUGGGAUUCUGGAGUGUUUCACAAAGAUAUUGUAAUCUAAAUCAUUUUAAUGCCCAGAACAUCCGUGGAAGUAAUCUUGAAGAAACACUUCUCCUCCAUGAGAAGUCUCUGAAACUUUAUGGCAGUCUGCAGGAAUUCUCUGCAAGUAUUGAUCUCUGCGAGACAGCCCUAUGA